AUCAAAUUAGUCUGUCAAAACCGUCAAGUGCGUCAACGCUUUCAGGCGUUGGUGUUUGUUUUUGUCAUUUCUUCGAUUCCUCACCGGUUCCACUUGUUUUCUCAUUCUCUUGUCUCUGUCCACUGACUGAGCUUCUUUUCAGAACUGGGUUUUUCUUUUUUGUUUUUUUUUGUUUUAUAUUUUAUAUUUUAUAUAUUUUUUUUUAGUAAAAAACGAAAAAAAAUCCUUUUGGAAGUGAGGGUUGAGACUGAGACUAAUGGAGUAAGAGCUUAGAGCUAGGUAGUAUGAUAAAAUAUUGACAUUCUUUUGUUGGGUUAUCUUGGAAAAGAAUCAGAGAGAAAGAGAUUUUGUUGGGUUCUUUCUUUCUCUUCAGGGCUCUCUUUCUUUUCUUUCUUUCUUUCUCGUUUGUGUUGCUGAGUGGGGGUGUGUACCGGGGCAGUUAUGGUGCGAAAACACGGAUGGCAGCUACCUGCUCACACUUUUCAGGUUGUUGCAAUUACUGUAUUCUGCUUGUUAGUGGUCGCAUUCUAUGCUUUCCUUGCCCCUUUCCUUGGAGGCCGUAUUUGGGAGUACAUUCUGGUUGCCAGUUACUCUCCAGUGGUAUGCACUCCUUGUUUUCAUUCUUUAUGUUCGCUGUACCGCAAUUAACCCAGCAGAUCCUGGCAUUAUGUCUAGAUUUGAUCAUGGGGUAACAAAUAAUCUCAAUGCGAAUCAUGGGUUAUCAGUGAAAGACCUGCCUAGAAAAUUUGAUGAAAUUGCAAGCGGGGAGCAUUCUUCUCCAUCAUCAGCUUCCAAAAGUUCUAUUGCAGGGGCUAACUCUAGUAAGAAAGGCUCAGCAAGUGAAAUUGGGGGAGUAAAUAUUCCCGCAGAACCCACAAGCCGAAAAUCAUGUUCUAAGUUUGGAGGAAUCUUCUGUGCGUUGUUUGUACAUGAAGAUUGCCGUAAACAGGAAGGGGCUGCUGAGGAGCAGGGAACUGUUGAAGAUGCUUUGUUCUGCACAUUGUGCAAUGCUGAGGUUCGCAAAUUCAGCAAACAUUGUAGAAGUUGUGACAAAUGUGUGGAUGGUUUUGAUCAUCACUGCCGGUGGCUUAACAAUUGUGUGGGGCACAAAAAUUAUGUGACUUUUAUUGCUCUCAUGGCCAUUAGUCUUGUUUGGCUCGUUUUUGAAUCGGGAGUUGGUACUGCUGUUCUAGUGCGUUGCUUUGUUAACAAGAAAAGCAUGGAGACUGAAAUUAUUGAUAGACUUGGAAAUGGUUUCACUCGUCCCCCAUUUGCAACAGUUGUGGCUGUAUGUACUGCAGUUUCCAUGCUGGCAUGUAUACCUUUGGGUGAACUAUUCUUUUUCCACAUAAUUUUGAUAAGAAAGGGUAUUACAACCUAUGAAUUUGUUGUGGCAAUGAGAGCCAUGAGUGAGGCACAUGCAGGAGCAUCUGUUGACGAGGAACUGCCUAAUAUAAUGUACUCCCCAUCAGGCUCUGCUACAACUGCUUUGAGUGGUGGUAGUUCCUUGGGUCUGCAAUACAAGGGGGCAUGGUGUACCCCUCCCAGGGUAUUUGUGGACUAUCAGGAUGAAGUUGUACCUCAGUUGGAGCCGGGAAUGGUUCCAUCGACUGUCGAUCCAGAUGCAACUGGAAUUUCAGAAAGAGGGCAAAGGGUACCCAAAAGGCCUGUCCGUAUUAGUGCUUGGAGGCUUGCAAAGUUGGAUUCUAAUGAAGCAAUGAGAGCCGCUGCGAAAGCCAGGGCAUCAUCCUCUGUUCUUCGGCCAGUUGAUAGCCGUCGUUCACAAGAUCCUGAAUUAAGCUCCAGUGGCAACAUGAGCAUCAGAAGUAGUGUGAGCAUUGACACAGUAGCAAACAAAGAGAUGAAGAACGAUCAGAGAUUAUCUCCCUUGAGAAACUCUUUUGCACCAAGCCAAGGUAGCCGGGAUGAAUACGAAACUGGGACUCAAAGUGUGAGCAGCUUCAGCAGUCCAAGCCAUGUUCAUGAGGCGGUCACACUUAGCCCUCUACCACAAAGUCAUGGUUUGGGUCGUUUUAGUGCAGCUGCCCCUUUCCCAGGCCUAGUUCAUGAUCGUCCAUUAACUUCCAAGGCAGCUUUUCCAAAUGUGAACGCCUCGACAUCCCAUACUUUGGGCUUCGAUGAAAAGAUCACGCACAAGGGAGGUACUGAUCCUAUACUGCUUUCUGCUCCAGCUACUUCUCUUCUUCGAGACGUUAAACGGACAUCUGUUGUUUGGGACCAAGAAGCUGGAAGAUAUGUAUCGGUUCCUGUAUCAGCUUUAGAAGCUAGAAACAGAUCAUCCAUGCAAAUAGGAUUGCCAAGCUCUACUGCAGAAACAAGCACUUAUAGCAGCAGGCCAGUUUUUCCACCACAUGAGCCUUCAUCUUCUGCUGCAAAGGCUCCAGUUCCACAAGCAGAAAAGCUGAUGUACACAGGAGACUCAAUUUUCUUUGGGGGUCCGCUUUUGAGUGUACCAUUGAGGGAUAGUUUGAAGAACGAACGGGGUUCGGGUUCUAGAGAGGGUCAAGAGAGAGUGACCCUUAAUUUGCCUCGGGAGUCAAGAUUUAAAAGGGAUUCAGCAUCAAACCAGCUUCCUGUGUUUGUCCCAGCCCCAUCUGGCUCUGGUUUCAAGUAGCUUUAAGCUUAUGAUUGAACUUCUAACAAAGUGUAUGUAUGAUUUUCUUCGAGUUAGGCGGGUUGGGUGAUGCUCCAGCUCUUUCUCAAUUGAAUUUUGGGCUUUUUAGUGAAGUCUUUCUUAUUUUAGGGUUUGUAAAUAAGGCAAUCUCCCUGGACAUUGUGACCAAAGAAUCUGACUCAAUUCCUUCAUGGACAACGUUUAGAAAAUUUGAUCGAGAUUUAUUUAUUUUCCAAUUUGCAGUGUUUA